UUCGAAGCCGGCGUCUCUUUUCUCCGACCGGAACGUGAUCGCCUGUACAGUAGAAGAGAAGCAGGUUUGGGGCUGUUCGCGGUCUCUAGCGGCUGCUGCUCUGACCCUCUCAGGCACCCGUAGGGAGAGCACAGCCGGCCGGGAGAAGAAGAAGAACAAGAGGGGGGUGGCGACGCGGUAAAAUAUGCAAAUGAGGCACUGACGACCAAGAGCCGGAGGGAAGGAGCCCGCCGGCGAGGGGGGGGGGAACAGGAAGGAACCCUCGCUGUCACGUCACGACGCGCCGUAGCCAAUCCGGGGCGACCGCGCGCCCAAUUCGAAGGACCCGGCGGCAAAAGAGAGAUUGGCGCGCGAGAGGGGAGAAAGGGAACCAGGGAGGAGGGAAUCUGCGCGAAGGCGGGAGAGCGCGCCUGUUUUGUCCCGCCGCCCUUCCCGUCUCUCGCGGCCGCCAGCCCUCCGGGUACCACCGGCAACUUUGGUCUCCAUGGCGACCCCACCCAAACGGAGCCGGGCCGAGAGAAUCAAGAAAAUCGCCAUCGAGGGCAACAUAGCUGCAGGGAAGUCUACCUUUGUGAAUAUUCUCAAACAAGCCAGAGAAGAGUGGGAAGUUGUUCCUGAGCCCGUAGCAAGAUGGUGCAAUGUUCAGACUUGCCCAGAUGAUUGUGAGGAGGAGCUGACAGCCUCUCAGAAGAGCGGAGGCAACUUGCUCCAGAUGAUGUACGAAAAGCCGGAGAGGUGGGCCUUCACUUUCCAGACGUACGCCUGCCUGAGCAGAAUCCGGGCGCAGCUGAAGUCUCUCGACGGGAAGCUCAAAGAGGCCGAGGACCCCGUCGUUUUCUUCGAGAGAUCCGUUUACAGCGACAGGUACAUCUUUGCAUCUAAUCUCUACGAGUCCGACUGCAUGAAUGAAACAGAAUGGACUAUAUACCAAGACUGGCAUAACUGGAUGAAUGAGCAGUUUGGAUCUAGUCUUCAUCUGGAUGGUAUUAUUUAUCUUCGAGCUACCCCCGAGAAAUGCUUGAACAGGAUUUACGUGCGUGGGAGAGAUGAAGAACAAGGCAUCCCUAUAGAAUAUCUGGAGAAACUUCACUACAAACACGAAAGCUGGCUUCAGCACAGGACGCUGCGAACGGACUUUGACUACCUGCAAGAGGUCCCAGUCCUCUCGCUGGACGUGAACGAAGACUUCAAAGGCAACAAAGACAAGCAUGAAAAUAUGAUCGAAAAGGUCAAAGAAUUUUUGAGCACUUUAUAGCCCUUCUGGAAACGGUGCUGAAUCCAAGCCUCCUCCUCCUCCUCCACGACGCCUAGUUUUGUGUUGCCGAGAUGCACUUCUGCUUCAGGCGUCCUAAGGGCAAGGUUCAGCUUCAUUGUGGUUACCGAAUUACGACAGUGAACUGUUGUUGUUUUUUUAUCGUAUUUAUCUUGCAUUCAGAUUUCUUAGGGGUAAUGUUUGCGGAGUACAAUUAGGCAUUGCAGCACGACGAAGCAGAAUACAUGGAUUCCUGCGUUGCAACUCGGACGUAAUUCAGCAAAAACCGGUGGUUUUCCCAGAACAGGUUUUACGGAACUUGGGACGGAAACUGGGGUCUCCUCCACACAUCUGGAUGCGGGAGCUGCCGUCUGUCCCACCCCACGUGGUGGAGCGUGUGCGCGCACCCAGCAGUACUGUCGGAGGCACGUUGCACAUCACUUUUUGUCUGUGUGUUUCUGCUCUCACUCAUGCAUGCAAAGUGAGCCAUAAAUCCUGUACUUACUAGUAUUUAUGCAUAGGCGGUGAAUUCAUGAAAUACUGUUCAUAAGUCAGCAAAAAAAAACCCUACCCCAAGCACUCCUUUUGUGGCUGGAUGGGUCUUUAACCAGAAAUUAUAAGAACUUUUAAAAGAAUUGUAAAGGCUAGGACAUUCCCCCCACCCCCUCCAAGUAAGUUUUUAUAUCCCUUUGCUUUCUCUUGCUCCUGUAAAGAGAAACAUCCAGACAUUCAUCAGCAUUCACCUUAUUUGCAUCCUCUGCAGUAGGAAGAGAAGGAACGACAUUAAGUUAGUCGUCUUCGAUUUCUCACCGAGCUUGGCUUGAUUCUGCAUUCCGCUUUCUUUUUUCGCUAAAGCCAGGGCUCUUUGCGGAAAACUGCAGAUGCAAGAAGGGGUGGGGGCAAGAAGGAUUCUCUCUCCACCCUAACCCUUCCCUGUUUUAAAUAUUUUUGCGUGAGCAUUUAGCGACUCCCUUUCCUUGACGGGAGGCUGCCAAAUUGUCCCUAAUAAUGGUUUGCUUAAGCUUUUCUUUGCCCAGAAAUCUGAAAUUGGGCCAAAGUUGAAUGUGCGGCAGCUGAAGUUAACAUUGUGCAAGAUCGGCCGUCAAGAGACCAAACAGUCCUUGUGUGGUGAUCAGGGGCAGAGGUGGCCCAGGGACAAUUGUGUAGGCAACAUACCUGGUCUUCGACCACCUGAUCACUGUCUUGGUUCACCUGUGCAGAUUUUUUUGUCCUCAUAAAUCUAGAGUUGAUCAGAAGCUUUUAAAGAGAGACAUACUCAUGCUGUUUCCUCUUGGGGUGGUUUGAGUGCUGCCAUGUUUGUAUACGAAUUUCUCACCUACUACUUUGGUAGAAUGUCAUCUUUUUGUAAACUAAUUCUACAGCCGCUUGGCUCAAUAGAAAGGGACUCUCUGGAAUAACUGAUCUACAUGUACUCCCCCCCCCUUUUUUGCAACUGAAAUAUUUUAAGUCACAGAGUAAUUUUAUAUCCCUCCUUAAAGCCAGUAUAGAAUGCGACGUCUUAUUUGUCUAGCUGUACUUGGGCCCCGCGAGGCAUUUUUA